AUGGCCUCAUUCCUGGAUCUCCCACUCCACGCGAGGCACAGAGUUUAUGCGUACCUGGGCUUGUUCCGCUGGUGUCCGAUCGAGUUGAGUCACCCACAGAUAUACGAGGAGUCUCCUGGACCUUCUCACCCAGGCUUUUUCGAUUUAACACCAAGGGAAUGCUUGUAUAUCUGCCGGAGACGUGGUGGUGACCAGACGACGGGACCAGACAUACCAGACUGUCUAUGCCCAAGGUUGCCACUGCACCGACUGCUUCUGAUCUCGCGCGCAGUCUACCACGAUGUUUUUACCGCCUUUUAUUCGCGAAACAAUUUCUUGAUACGACUCCACGGUGCAGGUGGUUUUGAAUCUCUUCAUUUGGGCCAGCACAUUCAAAGCACUAUAACUUCCCUCUUGAUUCGACUCAACUCCUGGCCCUGCCCACGCGGGCACGAAGUACCUUUUGCUACUGGCUUUCAAUGCGCGACUUGCAAAUUUUUUACUGCGGAUGCCGACCCCCCCCUUGAUAUGACCUCUCAAGCGGGCCAAGCUCUCCUCCAUGGGUGGCGGAGGUUCGCUGAGCGUCUCGCAUCAUCUGUUUCACCUAGUCAAUUGGAACUUACCCUCAUCUGCGACGUCACGGACAAGGCAUCUGGCAUGGCCGUUCUUGAGCCAUUAUUACGAUUUCCGACGUUAAAACAAUGUGUUAUUCGACUUGGAAGACAUUUCAAUUACGAGUUAUAUCAACUAGCUCGAGAAGCUUCUCUUCGUGCUCAAGGUUUAUACAGCGAAACGCGAGGGAUUUUCCCCUUUCAGCGUCUCCCUAGAGAACUACGCCUUAAAAUUCUAGGCUAUACACACCUUGGUGACCACAACUCGUAUUUUAAGGCCCACCGUCUUCUACAAAUCACAAAAAAUAGGCUUGUCGGAGGUCAGUGUUUCUCUUACCACGGGUCGAAAACCUGCUGUCGAAAGUGUACAGUCACUCUUGUCGAUUGUUGCUGCGCUCCAGUCCGCGCGGCCUACUCUUCGAAUUGCGAGUGUCGUCACAUCCCAUUCGCGCUCUCACGUGUUAGCAAAGAGAUGCGGGCAGACGUGAUGGAAGUGCUACUUGCGCAGAAUUCCUUUGACUUUCUCCAGGAUCCGGAAGAGACGAUUGGGUUUCUAAGGAACUUCCCACAAGGGACAUUGAAAUAUAGCCGGGGAAUAAAACUUCUGUUUUCCGAACCAGAGCUCGACGAUUGGGAUCAACUUCGCUACCGUGAGAAGUUGACGCGGUUAGUUGUGUUUAUAAGGGACAAUUUUGAACUUAAGAGGCUUUCGAUCACUAUCACCCUCGAUAGUUUUGACCGUGGCGCUUAUGCGGAAGAGGAAGAAGAUACUCGAUUCAUUUACGACAUCUGCCGUGACAUCACACGGGCUUUGCGUCUGCUCCACACACUAGAGGAUGUCCAGUUUGAUCUUGGCUGGUUCAAAGCCCUUGAGCCAGUAAUGAAACAAGCGAUUUUGGGUCAGCAGCACCCCAUGUGUUUGUCAACAGCAAAACCAGCUGUACCUUCACGGAGAGAAAGUGGCGUAUGGUUUAAAUUACCAACAUGGUAUCAAGAAGGGGACUUUACGAGAUGUUGA